AAAAUGGCGUCAUAUUGUGCCUCAUGUGGAGCUAAUUUAAAGCUUGAGGACAAUUUCUGUACAUUUUGUGGAAAUAAGAAAAAGGUUAAAGAAGAAGAGGAAGUAAAUAUUCGCAUAAAUGAAAAAUUUGCUCUUAGCGACUUUCAAAAGUAUAAAACUGUCGAGAGGAAAUCUAGGUUCAAAAGAAAAUCUUUUGCACCGAUAAUUUCCAAUGACUCUCUAAAAAAAAGUCGUUCUAUUGAGAAUGUAACAAUAAAUGUUGGUAUUAUGAAAGAUAAUGGUAAAGAUGAAAUUAACAUUGUGAGGGGAAGUAAAUUGCCUAUACAUGUCCCAAGGCAAGGUAAUGCAAAGAUGGUUUUUGAAAUCGCUUGUGGAAAACAUGCAGAUCAUAACCAAUUUUUUGAUUAUAACGACAACUGGGUACUACUAUAUCCUGAUAAAAAAAAAGCUGAAUAUGUUCCAGGCACUAACUCUUUGUUUACAGUUGAAAAGUAUAAAGAAAGUUUAAACAAACCAUUUUCAAAGAUAGACUUAUAUCUGUGUAAGCAAAGUAUUUUAAAUCUAGAAAAUAAAGAAGUCACCGAUUUAAAUAAUGACAGCUCUAUUUCGGAUUUAGAUAACUUCAGCUUUCAAUAUCAUAGUGAAGAUUUCAAUAAUAACACUUUGUCAAAUAAUUAUCUUGGAGAUUUUCCAGAAAAAUUAUCUAUUGAAAAUAAUCAAUCAUUUUCUUAUUUUGGUGUUGUUGACAGUAAAUCUGUAAAAAAUUUUAAAGAUAUUUCUUCACAACAAACAGCCAGUCAAUCUAGUUCAGGCGUCAGCUGCGGUCUUUGUCCUGUAUGUAAUCAAAGGUUUCCUUUUUCAGUGCUUGAACAACAUGCAGAUAAUUGUUUAAAAAAUAAAGAAAAGCAAAUAGUAUAUUUGAUUGAUUCUGAUGACUCAAUUGAUUUGACUAAUAGUUAUGAAAAAGAACAAGAUUUUGAUAAACCUGAGAAUAUAAAUGAUCUUAAAAAAAAGAUUCCAGUUUUAAUAAAACAACUCAGUGAUAUACAUGAUGGCGAUGUCAGAAUAAAUGUUCGUCGUCAAUUUGAAUUUGAAGACUUCCACAAAUUUUUUACUAAAAGUUGGAACAAGGAUAAAAUCCACAAUUUAUACAAGUUUUCAUUUGUUGGUGAGCCUGCUAUCGAUACAGGUGGAGUGUCUCGAGAAUUCUAUUCAGAAGCUUUAAAAUCAAUUAAAAUUAGGUUCUUUACUGGCGAUGAUUUGGUUGGCUAUGUACCAUCAUGUGGUAUUCUUAGUGUUGCAGAUGGCACAGUAAAAACUAUAGGCCAUUUAUUUGCAGCAUCUAUUGUGAAUGGCGGACCUGCACCUUUUUUUUUGUCCCCUUGGGUUUAUGAGCUUAUGGUGAAUGGCAUUUCAACUGCAGUACGGUGUUGUUCAAAGGCUUUAGAUGAAUCUUCAAAUUUAAAAAGUAUUUUUGAUAAGAUUUUAUUUGCAACUACAGAUGACUAUUUAACUAAUGUGCUAUGUACUGAAGAAGGAAUGAAUGCACUUGAAAUAAUUGGAUAUAGAAGUGAUCCAAGAAAAUCGUCUAUUGAUGAUAAACAUGCUCUUUUAGAAUCAAUGUUAAUUAAAGGAAAAAUAGAGCAACUUUUACCUGUAGUUGGAGAAAUUGCGAUUGGUUUACAAGUGUAUGGCCUUUAUGAAGUUAUAAAAAAAAAUUCAAAUAUCAUGCGAGUUUUAUUUUGUGCAAACGAAAGUUUUAUAUGGAAAUUUGAUGAUUUUAUACUUUUGUUAAAACCACAGUUUAGCGAAUCCGGAGGGAACAAAAAAUCAUUUGAAAUUUCUACAUACAAAGCUUUUCUUGAUGUUGUUGAGUAUAGCUUCAAUACUGAACUGGCGGAUCCUUCAUCAAAUGAUAUUUUGCAGUUUUUGACUGGCUCGCCGUCCAUUCCCGCAAUAGGGCUUCCAAAAGAUAUUUCUAUAGUUUUUGUUUAUGGAUGUCCGUUAACAAAUAAUGGUAAAGAAUGCAAAUGUUUACCAACAGUCAGCACUUGUGACAUACAGUUAAAUCUGCCAGUUCAUAUAAAUACAGAAAACACUAUGAAGGAAGCACUUUCAUUAGCUGUAAAAAACAGUUACCAUUUUGGACUUAUUUAAA